AUGGGCCGUAGUAGAGACAUCGGGAGGACUUUUGAUUCAGGUGCUAAAAAAAGAAUAAAACAAAAAAAACAAGAAGAAUUUUUAAAGAAACAAUGUGAUAAUAGUAAAGAUGAUUUUACUUUUCCACAUUCUGAAGUUUCUAUAAACAACAUCAAUUCCAGUUUUUCAAAUAUAUCUUCUACUUCAACCUCUUAUAGUACGAUUGAAAAAGAUCAAUUUGAUAAUAGUUUUUUAAAUAUUAAGAAUUUGGAUGACAUAAAAGCGCCAAUCAUUUCUACUAGCUCCUGUUCUUCAUCUGCUCAAUCAACUUCAAUAAUUAAAAUAUGUAAUCAAGAAAAAGACAACAAUUUUUUUAAUAAUAUUGCAGUUUCAAUAGCCAAUGAUGAUAUCAAUAAUUAUGCUAUUUUGUUAUCUAAAAACGAUAGUGUUCAACCUCUUGUUGUUGAUUUGCAUGAUCCUGCAUGUUGGCCACAAAGCAUGUCGCAUACAACUCAAAUUCAAAUUGUUGAGAGAGGUCCAAUAAGCAUUUUAGAUAUUGUGUUUCUCCUCCAAAAAAAAAGUGGGAGAACAUUUUCAAUCGCUCAUUAUUGCAAACCCAUGAGUAAUGGUGAAAUAGUGGACAGAAUGUGGUUAUUUUAUUCAAAAACUGCAGAUCGUGUUUAUUGUUUCGUAUGCAAACUAUUUGAGCCUACUUUAAAUACCUCCCUGGCAAAUGUUGGUUGUGAUGAUUGGGGACACCUGUCACAUUUAUUGAAAUGUCACGAAAGAAACAAAAAUCAUUAUAUAAAUAUUACAAAAUGGAUAGAACUAAAAAAUAGACUUUCCUCAUCUCAAACUAUCGAUAAAGAGUUUUUAGCUGUUUUCGAUAAAGAAAAAAGACAUUGGCGUGGGGUUUUGACUAGAAUUAUUGCAGUUAUUAAAUAUUUAACAAAACAUUCUCUAGCGUUUCGUGGAAAAUCAGAUGUAAUUUUUACAAAGAACAACGGAAACUUUCUUGGACUUAUAGAAAUGCUUUCCGAAAUUGAUCCAGUAAUAUGUGAACAUAUCAACAGAAUCAAAAACAAAGAAACUCAUGAUCACUACUUAGGCCAUCAAAUUCAAGACGAGUUGAUACAAAUUAUAGCUGAAAAAAUAAAAGAAAACAUACUAAGUAAAAUUAAACAAUCCAAAUAUUAUUCGGUCAUAAUGGAUUCUACGCCUGAUAUAAAUCAUCAAGAACAAGUUUUAAUAGUUAUUAGAAUAGUUCUUAUGAAUUCGGAAAAUAGUGAGGACAUAAUAUCGAUCAAAGAAUAUUUUUUAACGUUUAUCAAUGUACACUCAACAACAGGUCUUAAUCUUUCAAAUACUUUAAAAAAUCAACUAGAUGAAUAUAGUUUAACAUUGUCAAAUUGUAGAGGGCAAAGUUAUGAUAAUGGGUCAAACAUGAUCGGUCUCUAUAAAGGUGUUCAGUCCAGAAUAUUACAAAAUAAUCCAAGAGCUUUCUUUGUACCAUGUUCUGCUCACAGUCUAAACUUAGUUUUAAGAGAUUCUGCUAAGAGUUCUACCAAAGCGAUUACAUUUUUUGGAUAUCUUGGUAGAAUAUAUAAUUUAUUUUCAGCGUCUACUCAUAGAUGGGACAUAUUUAAAUCUCACUGUAAUCCAUACACUGUAAAAAAAUGGUCCGAGACCAGAUGGGAAAGCCGGAUUAAUAGUGUUAAAGCCAUACGUUUUCAAGUAAAAAAUGUGAUGCAUGCAUUAAGUGAAAUUUUACAGACGUCCGAUGACCCAAUUACUAAAAGUGAAGCAUUAUCAUUGUUGAAUGAAGUUGGAAGUUUUGAAUUUUUAUUAAGUCUAAUUAUUUGGUAUGAACUACUUACAGAAGUAAAUAUUGUAAGUAAAAAUUUUCAAAAUCCUAAUAUGCAAUUAGAUGUUUCAACUAACAUACUUAAAGGUCUUAUUGUAUUUCUUGAAAAAUACCGAGACAACGGAUUUGAAAAAGCAAUGGAAACUGUCAAACAACUAGCAAUUGCUAUUGAGAUUGAACCUACAUUUAAUGAAGUACGUUACAGAAAAAAGAAAAGAUGUUUUAGUUAUGGAAGUGUUGAUGAAACCCUUCAAGAUCCACAGCAAAAUUUUCGCACUCAAUAUUUUUUAGUUAUUUUGGAUUCAGCGAUUAUGUCAAUGUCAAAGCGAUUUAACCAAAUAAAUAAUUUUAAUUCGAAUUUUGGAUUUUUGUAUGAUGUAAGCAAGUUAAAAACUAUGUCUGACGAAGAAAUUCGAAAACAUUGCUAA